ACUCUAAAAUCCUCAAAAACCCCUUCUUUCUUUGGCGGCGCCUCUUCGCCACCGUUGGAAGUGGUGAUCGCCUCCUCCCCGGUGGACGUCGGCUUCGGUUGUUGGGACCUACGCUCGGGCUCCGAGCAGCUCCGGUACCGCUCAUGCUCCUCCGCUCCACAUGGCCUCCUCUCCAUAGCCGGCCGCUUUCUCGCUUCCUCGCAGCUCCGCGAUUCCCCUUCCUCCGCCUCUUGCCCCAUUUUCUUCUGGUCCUGGGAUAAGCCUCAGGUGGAAGUUAGGAGCUUCCCGGUUGAGCCGAUUGGACCGCUUGUUUCCAAUUCAGAAGGCACUUACAUCAUGGGAGGAGGACCAUCCGGCAUCAUCUACCAAUGGGAGGUUGCUAGUGGGAAAUUGCUCACAUGGUGGCAUGCACAUUAUCGGUCUGUCACCUGUCUCACUCUCUCCAAGGACGAGUCUUUGCUAAUAUCAGGGUCUGAGGAUGGCUCUGUGAGAGUUUGAUCCCUUAUGAUGCUUCUGCUGGUGUUCUUUAUAGAUAUAGCUUUUCGGAACAUGCUUUACGUGUCACUGAUGUUGUUACGGGACAUGGGUUAUGCAACUCCAUUAUCAUCUCAACCUCAGAGGAUCGAACAUGUAAGAUAUGGAGCCUAUAUGAGGGUUUGUUAUUGAGGAGCAUUACGUUUCCUUCCAUAAUUGAUGCUAUUGUAAUGGAUCUUGGGGAGCAUGUGUUCUAUGCUGGUGGCCGAGAUGGCAAAAUAUAUAUUGCAGCGCUAAAUGCUGAAUGCAACCGCAAUAGCAUACACGGGAUGUUCAUCAUUGGUGCCUUGUAUGAUCACAGGUCUCAAUAUGCUGUUAGUCAGUUUUGAUAAUCACUUAUAUACAUGUAUAUAUUUACCAACAAUUGUGUUUUGUGUGUUCUGGCAAAUUUCUAUGAAGAGACUAUACUGUAUAUAUCUAAUUUGUGUUCUUAGAUAUAUCAGAGGUUUGUUGUAUU